AUGUCAAUGGUCCAAACUUUCAUACCACUUUGUCACCUCGUAAAAUUCAAAAAACAUUAUUUCAAUUCUUUGGAAUUCUUAAACCAACAAGGUAUUACAAAGAUUGGACAAUUGGCCAUUAUGGAGGAUUUCAUUUAUAUUGAAGGUGUCUUUGAUGAUCCACUAUUGGAAGUACUUCAAGAUGAGUGCCGUAAAAUUGUCAUGGAUCAAUAUGGUGUAGAUGGUUUACUUUGUGAAGGUUUCCCAAUGGAAACUUUAGAUAGACAUGCAACCAUUAUGUCAUUAAAUGGAUAUACCAAAGAAGAUGAAGCUUUUCUACGUGAAAUUAAAAUCAUUACACUUCAACAUCUUAUCGAUGCAAAGAAUAAUCCAUUAAUUCAAAAUUCAUCUAGAAUGAGAUUUUAUGCUAGAGUAGCUGAAAAGUUGGUGAAUCAUGUCCAAGUUGCCAGUGCCCAAGCUGCGCUAUUACCAACGCCAGAUAUCAAGGUCUACGCCUAUGUAAAUACAGCAACACUCAAAUUAAUCGAUCUUAGAAAGAAUAUGAGAUCAAUUCAUGCAAUUUUUGAAGAUUAUAUAAAGACAGAAGUAUCAACAAGAUUUAAUCAUCCAUGGAGAAAAAUUUAUUUCAAAUUGUUAAAUGAAGCAUCGGCUCAUUUGGGAGUUCCAACACCAUCGGAUUUGGAAUUGUACAGUUUCUUUGUUUGGAAGAAUUCCAAACUAUUCCAAAACUGUGUCGAUGGUCAAAUGGGUAUUCAUUUCUUUUGGAAUGAGAUUCCAUUAAAUGUCAAUUUGAAGCAGUUUGAAGUUGAAUAUGAACACAAGAUCACUAUCAACCUCACCAAGGCAAUUCAAUCUGGCCUCAAGGUAUACUAUAGCCAAAACGCAAACACUGAAUGGAAGUUGGCCGGCCAAAAUGAAAUCAAGGCAGAGACCAAAAAGAAAUACUGGGGUUUCUACACUGCUGGCAAAGAUCCAUCUGAAACAAUUCCCCAUGGCAUGCUCGUUGCUCCACCACCAGGUUUAUUGUCAUCAUCAUACUUUUACACUGACAUUGAUAAAGAUAACUAA